GAGCCCCUCCCCGCGCCUCUGACCAUGUGAAGUCUUGCCGCGAAUUUCAAGCAGAAAACUGUUAGGCGCGCACGGGAACAUUUAAGCUGGUCUUACAGACUUUUAAAAAUAUAUAUAAAACAAAUCAAGUGGUUUGUUUAUUUAUUUAAGUAUUUUAUACGAUAAUGGCUACUCCUCCCAAAAGAUUUUGCUCAAGCUUCGACGCUGACCUCAGCUUCGAAAAAAGGGCAUUGAAGGUCUCGAUAGAGGGAAACAUUGCGGCAGGGAAGUCAACUUUAGUGCGCUUGCUGGAGCGGGCGUCAGAGGAAUGGGAAGUCAUACCAGAGCCCAUUGGGAAGUGGUGCAAUGUACAAACCACAGAGAACGAGUACGAGGAGCUCAGCACGUCCCAGAAGAGUGGAGGCAACCUGCUGCAGAUGUUAUAUGACAAGCCCAGUCGCUGGUCUUACACUUUCCAGACCUACGCCUGCCUGAGUCGUGUCCGUUCACAGCUUCAGCCUCCUUCUGCCAAACUUCAGCAGGCAGAGAAACCAGUCCAGUUCUUUGAGCGUUCUGUCUAUAGUGAUCGAUAUGUGUUUGCCUCCAACCUCUUUGAGUCUGGAGAUCUAAAUGAGACCGAGUGGGCCAUCUACCAAGACUGGCAUUCGUGGCUCCUCACUCAGUUCGAGUCCCAGAUUGAGCUGGACGGCAUGAUCUAUCUUCGUGCUAAUCCAGAGAGGUGUAUGCAGCGUCUUCAGUUCCGAGGGCGAGAGGAGGAACAGGGGAUUCCACUGGAUUACCUGGAGAAGCUGCAUUAUAAGCAUGAGUGUUGGCUGUACAACCGAACCACAAAGUUGGAUUUUGAGUAUCUUAAAGACCUGCCAGUACUGGUCCUGGAUGUUAAUGAGGAUUUUAAAAAUGACAGAAUUAAGCAAGAAGGUGUAAUUGACAAGGUGAAGGAGUUUCUGAGCAACCUGUAGACUAUAUAAAUUGAUCUGUGUGAAUCAUGUAAACUGGUGAUUCCUCACUAGUAUGCCUCUGGUCAUUUAAAUGAAUUUAUUAUUGUAUUUUAUUAUUAUUAUUUUUUUUCAUUUAUUUUUUUAUUUUUUUUUAGCUUUUUAAAUGUAAAUUUUUUUUUUAUUAUUUUUUUAUAAAUACUUAGCUUGUUGUACAUAUGUAUCUCGUUGUAUAAAAUUAAAAAUCUAAUUUAAAAAAAAAAGAAAAAGAUUUGAACUCUUCUGUAAUGGAAACUGAAGCAGGACAGGACAUCAAAUAUAAAGUGCAGGACAUUUUGGGACAAAUAACAGUAAAAUUUUAAACCACUGGCUUUAAGUGCAGAGAUGAAUAUUUAUAUGAGUUUUGUCAUUAGGUCUGAAGACUGUUCUAUAAGGAAAAAGAUGAAAGUUAAUAUUACGAGGUUAUUAAAAAAAAAUAAAAAAUUGAUUUACCCAACUGAAAAAGUUGUGGCAAUAAAUAAAAUCUCAAAAAAGCAA